UCACCUUAUCAUGAUCCAAACAACUCACCAAGACCACCCCUUCCUAAAAAUAAGCCCAGUCCUGCUGGAAACAAGCCACGUCCACCAUUGCCCAAAAAGCCACCAGUGGCCAAGAAGCCAGCAAGAUUGUUGUCCUCGACAAGUGUGGAGGACGGAUCUGAGACAGGUUUGUCGUGUUCCCCUGACCCCCAAGUACCCACGACCCCCAAGCAUGCUGCCUGCUCACCUGAUGAUUUGUCCAGCUCACAUCAAACCGCCCUCACCUCCCAGGACAACAAAUUGCACAAAAGAAAAACUAAAUCAGCCAAGCGUACAGUAGCUGAACUUGGUCUGUACGCUGCCGGAAAGAGCUUGUUCUAUGUUGAUCAGUCUCCGACUGAUGAGAACGCACCUCCCUCCAACACCGUGCCCUCCUUGCCUGCUCAGACCCCCAGCACAAGCACUGUAACGUCCUCAAGUGAUGACAAGUCUGAACAUGUUUCUGUUGUGCCAACCAAAAACUCAAAAACCCCUCCAAAAGCCACCAAACGUCGGAGCUUGAGGUCAUCUAACAGUAGUCCUAACCAAGUGAACUCAAUUCCUGUUUUGAAUGAUGUGUGUGAUGGUAGAAGUAGAUGGUAUGUUUCUUCUCCAACAGCAGCUGCGUCUGAACAUGCAGCUGUGUCUGAGGAAGCAGUUGUGCCUGAAGCAGCAGCUGUUCCCGAAGCAGCUGUGUCUGAGGAAGCAGCUGUACAGGCAGCAACAAACUGUGUUACAGGAAAUGCAACAAAAACAGACAGACAAUCUGCUGACACAGAUGGAAAGUGUGCUGAAGUGUUACCACAAGAACCAACAAGUCCACAACCUGUACCCAAUGGCCAAAAGAAAAUGGGUCCCAAACUCAGUCCCAAGCCGAGUCCUAAACCCAGUCCACGACCUGUACCAAGACCUGCACCCAAACCCAGGAAACGCUUGCUUUCCAUGGAAAACUUGGAUCAGGUUUCACCAAACAAAGAAUUGUCAGAAGGUUCACAAGUGAAAUCAUCAUUAGAACAUACACCAUCGGAGCUAACAUCACCAGCAUCAGACAAGUCAACUGAAAGUAAUCUCAGCUCAUCAACCGUACAUACUGACGAAGGCUCACUCCAUGCUACUGGGGAGGUUGAAAACCUUACAGCUCAGACUCCAUCUCAAAGUACAGAAACUGCACAAAGUCCUCAAUAUAUUGGCAUGAAUGGUAAAGGUCCACAUACACCUACCCAUAACACAGGACUCAACCGUAGUCUUUCUAGUGAUAAGAGUGGGAAAGAAGGAAGUGUUUGUGUGAGGACUAGUUCUAAAAGUACAUCAGAGCCAGCUGAGAUGGAACGGGAAAAAAGUAUUACUGUUGAGAAUGUGCCAGAAGAUUCUUGUGAUAAAGUUACCAGUCCUGCAAAGGUUUCCAGAAGUGAUGAGGAUGAUCCUUCAAAUGAAAACACAUGUGAAAUGUUGAAGGAAAUUGAGGCACUCUUAAGCAAAAACUUUGGAGAGAGUGGUGUUUUGGCUGAAAAACCAAAAGUCUUGAAUGAUGUUAAUAAUGAACAAAACGUAUGCUCUGAAGUAAGGAAGUCUACCAAUUCUUUAGAAAGACGAGGUUCAAGUGACUCAGUCAAGUCGGAAUCUAGUCCUUCAACCCCUCUCCGGCCUCCACGACCACGCCGCGCGGCAUCGCAGCUCCUUAAACAUUUAAGUUUUGACCAGCCUGUUGUACUGAAGGAUAAUGAUUCAAGUGGAAACAAAGCAGCUUCUUUCAAAAAACCAUGUCCACCCAAACCAAAGAGGACUAACCUGUCACGAUUUGGCCGUAGCCAGUCUGAUGUCAGCGGGAUGUUAGGCCUGGUAGAAAAGAUGGACUCCCCAGAAAUUGACCCUUCCAGGCCAAAUGUUCCAGUGAGGCAUCAGUCCUUCAGUCCAGGUGAUGCUCCUCCACCACUACCACCCAGAAACAGUGUCAGAUGUGUUUCCAUGGAGGAGUCAGAAAUAGUCCAACAGCUUCAAGGGGAAGUGAAACAGGAUAAGUCGAUGCCACCUGUGCCAGCAAGGACAUCGAUUCCACCAGGUUCACAAGCACCUUUUGCUAAACCACCCCGAGUCCGAUCUCGCACCCGGCCAAAGCGAGAUGCACCCCCUCCUCCUCCUGGUCACCCUCCAGCAGUAAAGACCAAGUCAUUGGAUCAGAGUGGUUCGUUAGAAAAGUCGUCAGUACAAAACAAGCCGGCUGACUCAGAUCACCGAACCUCAAAGCAGUAUAGAAAGAUUGAAAUUUCCGACUCAAAGAAAACAUGUGAUGUGAAGGAAUUUGUUGAAACUUCCUCAGACAAAGAUGAUUCCUUUGAUCAUGAUUACCAUGAGAUUGGUGAACAUCCUCCUUCAGAGAGAUCUUCUCCUGUGAAGGAGGUGACCCCUCCUCCGUCACUUCCCCCCAGGAGCUACCGACACUCAACAGCAUCGGUCAAGCCUGAGGAAGAUGGAGAUGUUGCUGCAGGGGAGAAUAAACCAGACAGCUUCAGGGACAAACAGGAUGCUGAUGUUCCUGAUGGAGCAGAUGUGCCCAGAAAGGACACUACAGACAAUCUCAGCUGCUCCAGUGAUGGCAAUCAGAGUCUUCUCUCCAGCACCAGAGAGGAACAUUCAGAUCACCUCGAUGUCUCAACCCCGAAGUGGCAGAGGUCAAGGCCGGUCAGUGAUACCAGUCAGUUGAGCACCAACUCCAGUGGGUCAGGAGACAACUUCUCUAACGUGGUGGGGCAAGAUAUUAGCUCUGACUCAGACGAGGAUCAAGAAGAUGCUACCUAUCAGAAAUUAAAGAGGGCUCGGAAGGUUUUCUACAUCGCAGAGGAGAUCAAGAAAUCUGAGGAGGUGUUUGUGGAUGUCUUGAAGCUCCUCAACAUAGACUUCCGUAACCACGUGACCAAGGCGGCGGAGAAAGUGGAUCACGCGGUGAUUCCGAGCGAGAUGCUGAACAAGAUUCUGGACUAUCUGCCUCAGCUGCACAACUUCAAUGAAGACCUCCUUAAAGACCUGACCGAGCGGAUAGAGCACUGGAAGGAAAACCCUAAGGUUGCAGACAUAUUUGUGAAGAAAGGUCCGUUUCUCAAGCUCUACUCCUCAUACAUUCGCAACUUUGAAAAUGCCACAGCCAUGUUCGAGGAGUCAUGUAAACGAUAUCCUGAAUUUCAGCGUAUUGUCAAGGAAUUUGAGGUAUCAUCCCGCUGUGCCAGUCUGGCACUCAAACACUACAUGCUCAAACCCAUCCAGAGGAUACCCCAGUACAAACUCCUUCUGCAAGACUACUUGAAAAACCUGCCCAUAGAUUCUCCGGACUACAAGCACACUGAAGUUGCCCUAACUAUUGUCAGUGAGGUGGCCGACCAUGCCAACGAGAGCAUGAGACAUGGGGACACGGUACAGAAGCUGCUGGAGAUACAGCACUCUCUGAUUGGUCAGUUUGAGGUGAUCCAGCCGGGCAGAAAUCUCAUCAAGCACGGGGAGCUGCAGAAGUCGUCAAGGAAGGAGCUGCAGCCGCGGAUGUUUUACCUGUUCAACGAUGUCCUGCUGUAUACCACCCCAGUCACCGGUGGCUACAGACUCAACAACAUUCUGCCUCUCACUGGAAUGAAGGUGUGCACUCCGCAGCAGGAAGCAUUCAGCAAUGAAUUCAGCAUCAUCAGUGUUCAGCGCUCGUUCACUGUGGCUGCCAGUACUCCGGAGGAGAGAGAUGAGUGGCUGAAAGCUCUCACGUCAGCCAUCGCUGAGAUUACGUCUAGGAGACACACUUUCGAAGCCAUGCAGCAUGGGCCACAGGUGUAUUGUCUCCUGCAGAAUUUCGUGCUGGACAAGGACUUUGUGUUGGGUCACAAGGCACCGCUGUGGGUGCCGGACGCCCGCGUCACCAUGUGCAUGCUGUGUCUGGGCGAGUUCACUAUUACCUGGAGGCGACACCACUGUCGUUCAUGUGGGAGAGUUGUAUGUGGCUACUGUUCCGACAAUAAGGCGCCACUGCGUUACCUGAAGUAUAAGCCAGCUCGUGUAUGUGAUGACUGCUUUGAGAAGUUAGAGAAAGGUUUAGAGGAGGAGGACCGUAGCGUGGAGCCGGAGGAAGACGGAGCUCAGCCAUCAAGAAUCAGUCUCAAGAAUCUGAAAGAAAGGUUUCAGAAAAUCAGGAAAAGUGGUCGCAAAUCUCAGAUGAAAAGACCAGCUGUACUGAAAGAAGUCCGUGCCAAUGAUGAAGGAUCGGUGAUGAGUGGAUAUCUUCGUAUCCUUAAAAAUAACAAGAAGUGGAAGAAACUGUGGUUUGUGGUCAAGGACAAAGUUCUCUACACGUACAAAGCUAGUGAGGACAUGGCUGCGAUAGAGAGUCUCCCCUUGCUGGGCUUCGAGGUGUCCAGGACAACUGUGGAUCACUUAAAAACAGGGUGGAUCGAGGGAGCGGAGCCUGACCUGGUGUUUCAGUUGACCCACAGCAACACACAGCCACACAUCUUCCGCACAGACAGCGCAGCCGCCACUGAGAAAUGGUUGACGGUGAUGAGAGAAUCCUCUGUGGCUUAGAGAAUGACAGAACAAUGCACAGAUGGUGCCAUGUUCAACGGUACCUUUAAAGUCAUCGAAGACCCACCUGUGGCCAUCUCACCUGGAGCAUUAGCUGGCAGCCCCAGUCAGGGACUGAACACAACAUCCUUAGUUUGAUGGCAGAACAUGCUGGGUUCCUGUCUCGUAUUUGUAGACACAAAACAAGUCUGGGUUCAAGUCCAAGAUUUGGUGUGAUUAUGAUUCUUGGUUUGUCAGUACCAUACUCACGUUUGUAGUUUCAAAAACACUGGGGAUGAUUUUACCACUCUGAGGUGAACGAUUGUGUUACAGCU